AAGCUGCUCAUUAACAACCCUGCAGCCACCUGCUGCCUGGCUAUUUCUCUGCCCUGGUGGCCAGCUGGGCCCAGGUUCCCUGGGACCCUUUUGCAGGACGUACAGCCUGGCUCAGCCCCUCUCCCACUAUGGCCUCUCUGCAGCUCCAGCAGUUCUGCUGCCAAAGUCUCGCUACCCGCCUGGUGUGGCGCUUCCACCCGCAAGUGUGGAAUGGGCUGUGCUUGGGCAGUGCUGCGCUAGGCCUGCUCGGGCUGCUCCUGCAGGCUCUGGCCAGGCACCGCCGGGGCUGUGGCAAGGUGGCUGGCAGAGGCUCAGAGAGCAGGCUCCGUGCUGCCAGGGGGAUAGUAGCUGCCAUUACUGCCAGCAGCUGUCUGGGCACUGCAGGGAUCCUGAGCCGCUCUGUGCUGUGGCUAGCAGGCCCCCCCGGCUCUGCCAGCGAGCCUCCAGUGAAUGGGACAGCAGGCUUUGCUGGGCCACUCUGCACUCUGGCUGUGAUGUGGGUGCAGUACUUCUACACGGCUCACUUCUGGGCCUUGUUCUGCUACGCGCUGGAGGCUGUUCAGCUGCUGCGGAGACCUGCAGGCUGCAGGUCCCUGACUCCCUACUACCUGUUGUGCUGGGGCCUGUCCAGCACCCAGUGCCUGUGGGGCGUCCAGCAGCUCCUGUCCCCUGCCAGUGCCAGGUGUGACUCGCAGCGCCCACUGGCACAGGCCCUGGCUGUGGCUCACUACACUGCUGCCUACGUGCCGCUCUCGCUGGUCCUGCUGCUGAACCCGCUGCUUCUCAACAGGGCCCUCUGUGCAGCCGCAGCCCUGCUGAGGGGGCAGACGGGCAGGUACACAGCCAGCGAGCGGCUCCAGGAGCAGCAGCUUAGGAGGAGAUUCACCAGCAUCACUGUUACCUUCACUGCCUGCUGGCUAGGGAAUGUGGUGAACGAUGGGCUGCUCCUGCUAGAGCCUGCAUGGUGCACGGAGACCCUGCGGCUGCUGCACGUGGCCAUCUGGACCUCCUGGAUCAUUGUGGCCAUCCUGAACCCCAUGUCAGGCCUCCUGCUGUCUCUGGCGCUGGUGGGCUGGCGGCGGGCAGGGCAGCCGGCGGGCAGAGCUCUCCGCAGGGAUGAGCAGAGCAGCAGCGAGGACUCUCCUGAGCCUGUCCUGGGCCGUGUGGCUGUGCCUGGUCAGUUGCGGGCCCCCAACCUGCUCGACAUCCUGACCUCCAGGGCAUCCCUGGAGUUACCGGUAAUCUCAGUGUGGCAGAGCCAGGCGCUCUGCACCCAGCCACGCUGCGAGGGACGGCUGGAGGGAGCGGCAGGGCGAAGCUGAGGGUGCCUGCCUGCCCCACGCGAUGGCUCAGUGGAGGGACAGACUGACAGCUGCUACAGUGUGAAUAAAGGCUGCUGGGCUCAAGCCCACUGGCUGCACCUCCCCCAGCUUGGGCCAGGCUGGCUCGGGGGAGGGGGCCACA